AUGCAGCUGCGCACGCUGCGCACGGAGCGCGGACAGCCGACGUCGCUGUUCCAGCACGCACCCACUCCAGAUCCUGUCGAGAGACUCUCUAGCCCCUCGUCUUCGGUUCAGCGCCAGCUCCGCCGCACGCCCCGGCUCGUCGCCUCCCCGAGCCCUGAGCCACGACGUGUGCACAUUGCUACCGCCUCUGUCGGCUUCUCCGCCAGCGCUGCUUCCUCUGAGCACCACGCACAAGCGCAGUCCAUCACAGGCCUCGACGCCUCGCUGUACGAGGAGAGCGACCGCCACCGGCGAUACGCCUCACAGGAUCUGACCGAGGACCCUGCUCAAGAGUCCUCCGAUCGACCACUUUCCCGACACGAACGCACUUCUUUCUCUGCGCGCCGGAAUCAGCGCAACGCUCACCCCGCUGUACGCAUCUCCAGGCACACCCAUAGCGCGAUCCUCUACGCUCUCGAGGAGGCUCUCCGCCACCCUCAGCCUUUCACUGCCGACGUCGUCGAGGAGUCCGCCAGCAUGGCCGACCUCAUGCCUGCUAGCGGAGCUCCUGCCUCGACUAACGGCGCUGGCAUGCCGUCCCCGCGUCGCCCAACAGCCGGGCCCGCGCCCACUGGCUCUCCGUCCGGCAUCAGGGGUCCUAGAAUGAUCAUGCAAGAGCGGGCAGCGCGGGAGGCGCGACAAAGAGCAGAAGCUGAGAAGCUCGCCUUGGAGCGCACGAGAGCUGAGCAGGAGGCGCGCCUUCUAGAGGAAGCCCAGCGAAAGAGCGCGGAACGUCGAUCUGCUGGCGUUGCUGCAGCCCAAAGCAGCGGCACCGAUACCCAACAACCAGCCGACCCUCGGCAUCAGGGACAGGCUGCACCAGAACCGGCCUCAGCCCGUCGAAUCUCGACGUCGGCACCGAGACCGACUUCGCAACAGCGUCCAGUGCAGCCAAGCCACUCGCACGCACAGUCGCAGAGCUACACCGCGACAGCUGGUCAGCAACCCCAGCAGCCAGACCUCGGACAGCAGCCAAGCGCUGCUCCGACCCAGCCGGCCGAUGCCAAGCCUCGGAAUUCGUUCCCGCACGCUUUCGAACGGUGGGAGACCUUGUCUGCUCAUUGGGAAGGCUUGACGAGUUAUUGGAUCCGCAAGCUUGAGCAAAAUAAGGACGAAGUAAACCGUGACCCGCUCAGCCAGCAGCUUGCCCGUCAAGUCACCGACCUCUCGGCGGCGGGCGCCAACCUUUUUCACGCCGUCGUGGAGCUGCAGCGGCUCCGGGCCAGCUCCGAGCGCAAGUUCCAACGGUGGUUUUUCGAGACGAGAGCCGAGCUCGAGCGCGCACAAGAAGUCAAUGCCAUGAUGGAUGCCGCCCUACAAAAGGAGAGGCGAGACCGCGCCGAAGCAAUCCGCGAUGCCAUUGACCAAGAAAAGGGAUCGUCCAAAAUCCAAAAGCAGCUCGCCGAGAUGCGCAAGGAGCUUGCCAUUUCCAAGGAGGAGGCACGGAGAGCCUGGGAGGAGCUCGGCCGCCGCGAGCAGGAGGAGCGCGACAGGACGUAUUCUCUCCAGACGGGCCAGCCGACAAUUGUGGGCGGCGUACAGGUCGUGCCCAUGACGCAGGGCGCCCCCAGCCGGCAGCCCACGAUGCGCGACCCAACCUACCAGCAAGAAUACAGCCAGGGCUACCCCGAGCACAGCCAGGCGCCCGCCCAGACGUCGCCGCCCACGACGACCGCAGCCAGCGGCAGCUACUACCCACCGGAGUCGAGCCGCGGGCAAACAGCAGGCCACACGCGCCGUGGGUCAGAAGGCGGUUACAGCGAAGGUGAGUACGUCAUCGACGCUGCAGGGAACUUCAUUCUCGACGUGCAUGGCAACAAGAUUCCCUUCGCUGCGCCGCCGUCGACGUACUCAGGUUCUGACGCGGAAGCAGAGGAAUACGACACCCCGGCCACGACCAAUCCGCCCAGCGGUAGUCACGAGCCACCUUCGACAUCUGCCGGCGAGGGCCAAUGGACCGGCGCCUACUCCAACCCUCAGGACUAUUCAGGGCAAGGGUACGGCACGCCGGGCUGGGAGACGAUUCCUCGCCACCACCACCCCACGAGGCUGAGCGAUGUCAUCGAGGAGGAGGACGAGAGAAGCCGCACGAGCGCUAGCCAGAUCAGCCGAGGCUAG